AUGGAGCGCCCUGCCCCCGCCGCCGCAGGAGCGAGCCGCAAGAGGCGGCGCGUCUCCAUGGGCAGCACGGAGCACUACGAGGAGGUGUCCCGCCUCGGCGAGGGCAACUUCGGCGCCGUCGUCAAGGCGCGCCAUCGCGUCACGGGCCAGACCGUCGCCAUCAAGCGCCUCACCACGGCCGCCGCCGACGCGGCUGAAGACCCGAUGCGCGAGGCGAGCCUCCACGAGGCGUGCGGAGACCACCCCUUCAUCGUCGGCUUCCACGGCCUCGCACGCGACCCGGCCACGUCGCGCAUCUGCCUCGUAACGGAGUGCGUCGACGGGCCGAGCCUCCAUGACUACCUCCACCACCGGCGCCGCCGCGGCCUCCCGCCGCUCCCGGAGCCCACGGUGCGCGCCGUCAUGUGGCAGCUGCUGACGGCCGCCAAGGCGAUGCAUGACGCCCGCGUCGUCCACCGCGACAUCAAGCCGGAGAACAUCCUCGUCGCCGGCGACCGCAGGGCCGUCAAGAUCUGCGACUUCGGGCUGGCCAUGUCCAUGUCCGACGCGCCGCCGUACGAGCAGGCCGGCACGCUCUCCUACAAGGCACCCGAGAUGAUGCUGGAGAUGCCCGACUACGACGCGCGCGUCGACGCCUGGUCCCUGGGAUGCGUCAUGGCGGAGAUCAUCAACAACGGGAGGCCCCCGUUCCAGGGCGGCGACGAGGACGGGCAGCUCCGCGCCAUCUUCGACGUGCUCGGCGUGCCGGACGAUGAGACAUGGCCGGAGUUCUGUUCCACGCCGUUCGCCGCCAAAGUUUCGCCGGAGCGGGAAGCGGAGCAUCGGGAGAAUCGUCUGCGCGAGCUCUUUCCUGAGGCGACGCUGUCCAAGGAAGAAUUCGAGGUCCUGAACGACCUUCUCACCUGCAACCCCGGCAAGAGGCUCACGGCGGACGCCGCGCUCAAGCACAUGUGGUUUGCCAAGGUCGACGCGUUGGAGCUUCCAAGGAAAGAUGAGGUGGCAUCGGCGUUGCCCGGGAAGAAGAAGCCGCUCAUGGCUCCUGCGGCUUGUGCGAAGAGACGAAAGCUGCAGUGCGUGUGA